AUGCCUUGGAGGCGAUUCGGACUGCUUGCUUUGCCAUGCACGUUUGCGUUCACCUGCUACCCGGAAUACCAGUUCUCGUGGUGCAACAACGCCACCGAGGCGUCGUGCGUCCACGAGUAUGCUUUCUCGGUAGGCCAUUUUCAGCGGAAGCUGAACGAUUAUUAUGUGCGUAAUCGGCGUCCGCCGCUUUUGGAAGCCUUCUUUCUCACAAAGCUGCCGAAGCCAUAUCAGUUGCAGUUCCUCGAGAGCAACUGUGCCGCGCCUCUGAUAAUGGCAUACCUGCUGGUGGCCGAGGCGAAGCUGCCAGUGGACGACGACGCCAUGAGGUUUGCGAGCGGGGCGAUGGACAUGGUGAACAGCCUGCCCGACACCGUGAGGCCCAUCUUGGACAGUGGCGCGUGGUCUUUCGGCGAGGCUGUCACACGGUUCGAGCAGACCGCGCGGGACACGGAGCAGGCGAUGCAGACGUUUCCAGCCUUGCUGGGGGGCAGCGCGGCAACCAUCUCUGUGGAGUUCGUGGUGGUCCAUUGCCGCGAGCCUCUGGAUUGGGUCGAGGCUGACCUGCUGCCGAGGGUCGCAGGGUCGCUGCACGGACUCCCGCGCCCUGCCGGUCGCCCCCGCGGGCGCCAAGCUCACCCUCUACGAGAAGUGCCACGAGCGGCCCGUGCUGCCGGACCGCGUGCUGUCGGGCUUCGGGGCCGUGGAGGUGCGCGCGUCGCCGGACCCGGAGGGCGAGCCGCGCGGGGACGAGUGCCUCGGGUACCUGGCGCACAUCGUGGAUAG